GUCAGCGGCAGCGACGCCGGUGGAGGAGCUUCGGGUUCAGGAGCGGUUACAGCGGCGCAGGAGAGCGGCAAACCCCGGCUCAGCAGCCGAUCAGCGGGAGUGAGAAGCAGCGGCGGCGGCAGCGGCGCCGGCGGUUGGAUUCGCGCCUACAAACCAGGCCCUUCCUCCCGUUACUCACUCGCACGUUACCCCGCGGCCCGGGCCCGGCUUCACACUGAAUUCAAACCUCGACAUCGUUGGGAAAGUUCCGGGGCCGCCGUCGGUUUGCGCGGACGAACUUCAUUCCUUCGCUUAAUCUUCUCCUUCGGGGCUCCUCUUAUUUAUCGUAAAGCAAAUCGGAGGAGGAGGCGGGAAGAUUAAUUAUUUUUUUUGCGCGGGAGGAACCGGAGAACCAUUACUCGCUCCGUCUGUUUAAAAUUAAACAAAAACCCUCCCCUCAACUGCCGAUGAUGGAGUUCAAGGUGGAGGCCCACCGCAUCAUGACCAUCUCCCUGGGGAAGAUCUACAGCUCCCGGGUGCAGAGGGGUGGCAUCAAGCUGCACAGGAACCUGCUGGUGUCCCUGGUCCUGAGGAGCGCCCGACAGGUCUACCUGAGCGACCAAGAGGAGCUGUGCCUACAGGAGAUGUCCCAGGCCCCCGCAGAGCAGGGGUCAAGCUGGGCCGAGAUAGAGGAAAGGACCGUCGUCUCCGAGACCCCCAGAGAUCAGGAACCCAGUUGGGUUGAGAUGGAGGAAAGGACUGUCUCCGACACCCCCGAAUUUGCCAACGAGGCCUCAAGGGUCCAGGCGCCAAGUUGGCCUGACACUGUGCCUGAGAUCCCUAGAGGUCAAGAGCCAAGUUGGGUUGAAAUGGAGCAAAGGACUGUCUGUGAGAUCCCUGGAGAUCAGAGUUCCAAUUGGGCUGAGAUGGACCAAAGGACAGUAUGUGACACCCCCAAGACUGCCGACGAAGCCUCAGGGGACCAAGGGCCAAGUCGGGCUGCGGUGGAGGAGCGCACGUCUGCCUCAGAGGUGGAGAAAAGGACUAACUGUCAGCCAGCCCCAAGCUGGACAGAGUUGGGCAAAGUCUGCGUGGAUUCUGAGACAGACGCCAACCGAGUUUCGGUUCAGAAAGUUGACUCGAGUGAAGAGAGAGACAGUUGCCAGACUGUGGGCAAAGCCUCGCUGCCGGAGUGCUGUGCACACAGGGAGCUGAGGGCUGCCAGAGAGCAGGAGGAGCCUUUGAGCUGUGACUUAGCGACCAAAACUUUGCCUUGUCCCAGGAAAAGGAGAAAUGCUGAAAAAGGGGAAGCGGAGACAGAAACCCCGCUCAAAAAGGCCAAGAAAGAGCAGGAACCUUUAACCGCCACGACCACCACUCAACACUGUCACCAAGAGGAGGAGGAGAUGGAAACCUCCAACGUCUCCAAUCUCAUCACUAUCUUCGGCUCUAGUUUUUCUGGACUCUUGAGCAAGGAGGGAGAAACGGAGGGGGAGAGCUCCGGGCAGAUCUGCUGUGACCAGGUCUUGAGCAACAUCGGUUCCUGGAGCAGGGCGAUUGUUGCCUUUUGAAGAUUUUGGCAAAGAAGAGAAGGAAGGACUUUAAUGGGUUUACUCUGGAUAUCAGGGGUUCUGCGAGGGCCACGGAUGUAGCAAGGGGAGUAUUUGGGAAGUUGUAUUUCAACUGUUCGACCCCCUCCCUCCCCCCCACCCCCUCACCCCAAAGGUGCCCCUGAGAAGCACGUGGAGAAGUUCCCUCAGAUGAGGGAUUGGAAGUUUUUUUUUGUGAAGAAAGCUGUUUGACACGAAAGGCCAGACAUUUCCCUACUUUCCUUUCUUGGACUUCGUCCAAGUUUUAAUGCGGGGGGAAGGGAAGGGGGGGAAGAGAGUUUUCUUUUGUUCAGUGUGUAAUGUUGAACACCCUACUUUGAGAAAAGAGAGGCGGGGGAAUGAAGUCUUUUUUUUAUUCUCAAAAGUUUUUAAGUGCUAACAGGAGGAUGUGGGAGGGAAGAAGUUCUCUCACUUUGAGUCAGGGCAGAGUUGCUGCUGUUUUUUUUCACAACUCCCCGAUGAGAUAACAAGGGACAUGAUUUUUUCCCUUCGCGAAACCUUAUUUGUAUUCAUUAAUUUAAAUCGUCUUUGUUCUAUAAAGACUCCUUAUUUGUGUUUAAAAUUACAAAGUGCUAGGAUUUAUUUUUCCCCUCCCCUUGUUUUAUAGUACUGUAACAAUUUGUUGCUGUUGUACAAAUGGUGUAAUUUACACGAAUUAAAAUUAUUUUAAACUGA